AAUAACCUAUCAUGUUUGUUUAUUUUCUGAAAUUUUGUUUGUUAUUACUUUUAAAUCAUAAUCACAACAAUUAUAUAGAUAAGAUUAAUAACAAUUAAGAGUUCCAUAUUCAAUGGACUCCUUAAUUUGUAGGAUUUGUCUCGACAAAACCGGCACCGUAUCUGUUUUCGACAAAGAAAAUGACAAUAUACAAUACAGCGCCAAAUUAAUGCGUUUAGUGAACAAUAUCGUCUCCGAAGAAGAUGGCUUACCGAGUAUGAUGUGCUAUGCUUGUGCCAACGAUCUUUCAUUGGCGUACCAAUUUGUCCAAAAAUGUGAAGCUUCCGAUAAGGCUUUGCGAUGUUUGAGCGCGCCGAUCGAACUAUAUUCCGAUUUACAAACAAAUAUUGAACUAAAUAUCAAGGAAGAGGAUGUAAAACGUGAAAUUGACGAUUGUGACGACCAAGACGAUAGUUUCUCUAAUAGUUUCUUAUUGGAAAAUUGUUCAAAAGAGUAUUUUCAACAACAAAAAGAGUCUAGUACGCAAAGUAACGCAGUUCAUAUUAUCGACGAAAGAAACAUUGCAAUAGAAAUUGAAAAUGAAACUGAAAGGCAAAAUAGUAAAUCAGAUAACUCUUCAAAUGAACAAGAUAAUAAUGAUAAAAAUUGUAAAAUAAUUAAGGGUAAAUUUCAUCGAAAUAAAGUCAGGCGGGGAAAGUUAGGUCCCAUCCAGUGUGUUAUCUGUGGACUCAUGACCUCUAGUCCUUCUGCAAUGGAGAUCCAUAUGCGUACUCACACUGGAGAAAAACCAUUUGUAUGCACAUCGUGUGGAGCAAAGUUUAGUUCUAAAGGCUUGUUGAAAAGACAUAAUGAAACAUUUCAUUCUACAAGAGAACGUAAAUUCACUUGUGAAACAUGUGGCAGUAGCUUUUUUAGAAAAAAUGAUAUAAUUUCACAUUUAAGAGUCCACACUGAUGAACGGCCUUACGUUUGUCCCUAUUGCUCAAAAAGAUUUAGACAAGUAGCUUCCAGAAACCGUCAUCAAAUAGUUCACACAGGAGAAAAACCUUUCUCCUGUCCCAUUUGUAAUAAAAAAUUUGCCCAUAAAAGUCUAGUUAAGAAGCACCAGAGUGUGCACAGCGAUGAAAGGAAAUAUGCCUGUCAUUUAUGCAAUAAAAGCUUUAAAUCAAGACCAGCAUUAAAUGUACACAUUGGCUUACACACAAAUGAAAAACAAAAUGUCUGUAGUUUCUGUGGUGUGGCAUUUGCUAUGAAAGGUAAUUUGCAAACACACAUCCGUCGAAUUCAUUCUGAGAAAUCAGGACAAUGUUCAAUUUGUCUCAAGACAUUUUCAGAUUUAGAGGUUCACAUGCGUAAACAUACAGGUGAAAAACCAUAUAUUUGUGGGACGUGUAAUGCAGCAUUUGCAGUCAAACGAAGUCUGGCUCACCAUAUGAUAUUUAAACAUGAAAAUGCAGGCAAAUUUAAAUGUUCCAUAGGAGACUGUACUAAAACAUUCCCAACGGCAACUAUGCUAGAAUUUCACCUCUUAAAACAACAUACAAACCACACACCUUACAUAUGCCAGCACUGCCCGAGAAGAUUUUUCCGCACCAGUGAUCUGUCGCGACAUUUGAGAGCUAGCCAUAUGGACAUAAAUUUCAAACCAUCUAUGAAACCCCAAAUUUCAAAACCUGUAAUGUAUAGUUAAGAGCUUAUAAGACUGAGUGCUAAAUACUAGUCAGGUGUACAAGUACCUAAUGAAUAAAUAAGAUUUAAGAGUAUUAGUGUGUAAAGAUGUGAUUAAAAACUAUUUAUUACUGGAAAACUUAUGUCAGCUCCUUUAGAGCAACAUUAAAAUAUUCAUUUUAGAAUAUAGAUGUGAAAAUUUUCUCGUCGUUAUAUAAUUUCUUAUUUUUCGUAUGUUAUUUUAGUGUAUCUAUGUAUUCCUAGCACAAAUAUUUUCUAAAG